AUGGAACCUUAUUGCAGUAACUUGAACAUGAGCAUCUCAAGGCUUGCUCAUCCUCUACUUAGGAAAUUCAGUGGAGCCCUGAAGGUUGUUCGAAUGGAGAGUUCGGUAGAGCAUACUCUCAGGGUGGCGGAAGAGAUAAAGAAUACUCGCGCCAAAGCUCUUCUUGGUGGGGGAAAGAGGAGAACUGAGAAGCAGCAUGAAAAAGGAAAGCUGACUGCACGUGAGCGGAUCGGAAUACUUUUGGACGAAGGUACAUUCCGUGAAUAUGACAUGUUUGCUCAGCAUACUUGCACCGAUUUCGGCAUGCACAAAAAAAAGUAUCCUGGAGAUUCUGUCGUAACUGGUCGUGGACAUAUCUGCGGUCGCAGUGUGUUCGUGUUUUCGCAGGAUUUCACGGUUUUCGGUGGUUCUCUGUCAUCAAUCCACUCCAAGAAGAUUUGCAAGAUCAUGAAGGAAGCGAUGCUUAUCGGAGCACCUGUUAUCGGCCUCAACGACUCGGGAGGCGCACGCAUCCAGGAAGGAGUCGAGUCUCUUGCUGGAUAUGCUGAUAUUUUCCAGGCAAAUGUUAUGGGAUCUGGCGUCAUACCGCAGAUCUCCCUUAUCAUGGGACCAUGUGCUGGAGGUGCUGUAUACUCUCCGGCUCUCACUGAUUUCACAUUUAUGGUUCGUGACACAAGCUAUCUAUUCAUAACUGGACCUGACGUGGUGAAGGCUGUUACAAACGAAGAAAUUACUCAAGAAGAACUUGGAGGAGCAAGGACUCACACUGAGGUGUCUGGCGUGGCCGCUGGCGCCUUCGAAGAUGACAUCGAUGCUCUGCUGAAUAUACGUGAAUUGGUGAAUUAUUUGCCGCUGUCGAACAGGGAUCCCCCUCCUAUUCGCGCUUGCGAUGAUCCAUGGGAUCGAGAUGCUCUGUCGCUUGACUCAGUGGUCCCAUUGGAAAGUACCGCUGCAUACAACAUGAAGGACGUGAUCAGAGCUUUGGUUGACGAAGGAGGGUUCUUCGAAAUAAUGCCAGACUAUGCCAAAAACAUUGUAGUGGGAUUUGCUCGCAUGGAUGGUCGCACUGUAGGAAUCGUAGGGAACAAUCCAAAAUUUGCAGCCGGCUGUCUUGAUAUCAACUCGUCCGUAAAGGGAGCCCGUUUCGUCCGGUUUUGUGAUGCGUUCAACAUUCCCCUUGUCACCCUUGUUGACGUGCCCGGAUUUCUGCCUGGUAGCGCACAGGAGUAUGGUGGUAUUAUCCGUCACGGAGCGAAGCUUCUGUAUGCUUACGCUGAAGCAACCGUUCCUAAAAUUACUGUUAUCACGAGGAAGGCAUACGGUGGAGCAUACGAUGUAAUGUCAUCCAAACAUCUUCGAGGGGACAUCAACUAUGCGUGGCCCACCGCGGAGGUUGCGGUUAUGGGAGCGAAGGGCGCUGUUUCCAUCCUGUAUCGUGGUUCAGAAGACGUAAGCAAGCAUGAAGCAUCUUACAUUCGCCUAUUCAGUAAUCCUUUCCCCGCCGCUGUUCGGGGGUUUGUCGAUGACAUAAUCGAACCUCGCACGACACGUCGCAGAAUCUGUGAAGACCUCAGCUGGCUUGACAGUAAGAAGCUGACGAACCCGCGGAAGAAACACGGAAAUAUCCCUCUCUAA